GAGAAAACCGUGUUUUGGAAUGGCCUAUAAAAUUCAGAAAAUCAUAAAUUUGAAAAGAAUACCAUUGUUAAUUUCCUUUGACCAUAACAUUCUUUAUCACCAAAGAAAUCUACAUUUGCUAGAAACUUCCUGGCAAUGCUUUAAAUUCAGCACCCACCCAGGCAAAUUUCCAUCGACAAUCUGAACCAAAACAGGAAACGAAGUACUUAAUUAUCCAAGAAAGAAAAAACAUGGAAUCAGGAGGAGAAACAAGAAGAGUAGUUGUUGUUGGAGGUGGCAUUGCUGGCUCCCUCCUUGCCAAGUCUUUGCAAUUCAAUGCUGCUGUCACCGUUAUCGACCCUAAGGAGUAUCUUGAAAUUACAUGGGCGAACUUGAGGAACAUGGUGGAGCCAUCAUUUGCGGAAAGAUCAGUGAUAAACCAUACAGAUUAUCUUACCAAUGGACGUAUUGUUACAUCUGCUGCCACAAAUAUCACGGACACUCAUGUCUGGACAGCCGAUGGCCAUCGUAUUGCUUAUGAUUAUCUUGUUAUUGCUACUGGACACAGGGAUGUUGUCCCCAACACUAAGACGGACAGACUUAAUCAAUACAAAGCAGAAAAUCAGAAGAUACAAUCUGCCAAUUCGAUUUUGAUUGUUGGAGGAGGACCGACUGGUGUUGAACUUGCUGGAGAAAUAGCCACUGACUUCCCUGACAAGAAGGUGACAUUGGUUCAUAAGGGACCCAGGUUGUUGGAAUUCAUUGGAACCAAGGCUUCCAACAAGACUUUGCGUUGGUUGAAAUCUAGGAAAGUUGAAGUAAAAUUGGAGCAAGCAGUUGACUUGAAUUCAAGCACUUUAGAUGGAAGGCACGUAUAUAAAACCUCGAGUGGAGAAAGCAUCAAAGCAGAUUGCCAUUUCCUUUGUGCUGGAAAACCUUUGGCCUCAGCAUGGCUUAAUGACACUAUAUUGAAGACCCACUUGGAUGGAAAUGGAAAGUUGAUGGUUGAUGAGCAUUUGAGAGUCAAUGGCCGUGCUAAUAUAUUUGCAAUAGGAGAUAUCACUGACAUUCCCGAACUCAAACAAGGGUUUUUAGCUGAAAAACAUGCCAUGGUAGUUGCGAAAAACUUGAAGUUGUUGAUGAGCGGAGGAGUCCAAGAAAGCAAAUUGUCAAAGUAUGAACCUGGCUCAGCCAUUGCCUUGGUUUCCCUUGGAAGGAAAGAUGCUAUCGCCCAAUUUCCUUUUGCAACCAUUAGUGGAUGCCUGCCUGGCUUGCUCAAAUCUAGGGACUUAUUUGUAGGCAAGACAAGAAAGAACAUGGGCUUACAAGCUUAAUAUUUUGAUAGAUAUGCUUAAAAUAAGCAAUUUUGACAUUACGUCUUACUCUUCCUUUUUUGUUGUUUUGUAUUGUUUGUUCCUAUUUUGAGAUUGGUGAAUAAAGAAGUUCCUUUGUUUGCGAGACGUGGUUAAUAA